AUGUCCCUCCCGCUCCAUCUCCGCUCGUACAAGGAGAAGUCGAAGGAUGAGCUCGCCCGUGACUACUUCAACAUCCCUAACCAGGAUGCCUUUGCGCCUGUAGCGGCGGGGGAGAAGCCAGUCCUGCAGAAGGUCAGGAACAGGCUGGAUGCGGGUGGACUGCAGGGGAUGGACAUCAACGCUGUCCUCAGUGUGGAGGGGAAGGAGGAGGUCUAUGCCGGACGAUUAAGCCUCCUUCCGCCGUUCCUGUGCUUCAACAGCGUCGACCGGCGGUCAUGUCGCUUUACGCUGCCUCUGUUCACCAUCAGGCGCGUUGAGAGACUGAACUCCCGAGCUGGUGUAUUCGCUCUCUCCUUGGCGACAUGGCACGGUAUGCGGAUAAUCCUGCAGCUCACCUCCCUCCUUCCAACCGCAGAGCACUUCUCUAUCCUUCUCCGCGAUGCUCUCAAGGCACAACUCGCACCCAUGAAACAGCUCAAGCCCUUUCUCCCCUCCUUCUACUCCGAAUUCCUCAUUGCCGGCCCGUCAACCCAGCACAACGUGGACAAACACGACAGCUUGCUUCUCGGCUCGGAAAUCGGCGAAAAGCUGCAGCAGCAUCUGGAUGGGGAGGGUGAUCUCAGGGGCCCGGGCAGUGAGGGGAAGGGGGAGUAUCAAAGGGGACUGGGGGAGACAUUUGGAUUCCCGGGUGACGCGCGGAAGAUGCGGGAGAGGAGUAAGAUGAAGUUGUGGAGAGAGUACUUUAUAGUGCAUGGCAGAAAUCUGACGCUCAUUCGAUAUCCGCCAUUCCAGCGACUGCUUCAAGUCGGUCUCCCCUCUCGACUCCGAGGCGAGCUAUGGGAGGUCAUGUCCGGUUCCGUCUACCUCCGCUUCGCCUAUCCCGACACAUACAAGCAGCUUCUCAGCGCCAACGAGGGUAGAUCCUCCCAAUCAACAGACGAAAUCGAGAAGGAUCUCAACAGGUCCCUACCUGAAUAUAAGGCGUAUCAAUCAGAUAUCGGGUUGGCGAAGCUGAGGAGGGUAUUGGUGGCGUAUAGUUUCCGGAACCCCGAGCUGGGUUACUGUCAGGCUCUGAACAUCGUCGUAGCCGGACUUCUGAUAUACAUGUCGGAAGAACAGGCAUUCUGGCUUCUUGAGGUAUUAUGUGACCGGAUAUUACCAGGAUACUACAGUCCCUCCAUGGAAGGCACCUUGCUCGAUCAAAGAGUAUUCGAGUCUUUGGUACAGCGAUGUCUGCCGAUGAUCAAGGAUCACUUCACAAGCGUGGACGUGCAGCUAUCAGUCGCAUCAUUACCAUGGUUCUUGAGCUUGUACAUCAACUCAAUGCCCCUGAUCUUCGCGUUCCGAAUAGUGGACUGUGUGCUAGCGAUGGGUGUAAAGGUGUUGUUCCAGAUUGGUCUCGCCGUGCUGAAGAUCAACGGCGAAGCACUGCUCGAAGUGACCGACGACGGGAUGUUCAUCAACCUCAUGCGGACCUACUUUUCCACCAUCGGCGAUUCCGCGCACCCAAAUCACCCCGACCCGCGCGUGCGAGCCAUCACCAACUUCCAAGAGCUCCUCGUCGUCGCCUUCCGCGAGUUCAACGUCAUCACCGACGAGACGAUCCAGGGGGAGCGGAAGCGUCUACGCGCCAUCAUCUCGGACGAGAUCGAAAAGUUCUCGAAACGCGCAGCGGUCCGAAACCUCAAGUCCGCAGGUCGGUUCGAUAAGGAGACUGUCGGCGUCAUUUACGACCACUACUUUACGGCGGUUUGUUCGGACGAUGCGAAUGCCGGCGGCUUGUCGGGCGACUAUAAGCACGGAGAUCAGUUUGAUCAGCCGAGGAUACUGGUGGAUGUGAAUGGGAGGGUGGAGACCCGGAUAGAUCUCAGGACGUUCAGGUCGUUCUUGGCGGGUAUUGCGACAUGGGCGAGGGAGGAGACGGUAACUAGUAAUGCGUUUAUCCAGCGGACGGAUAAGCGCGUGGCGGAGCAUGAGUUGAUUGAUCGGCUGUUCUAUAGCUGGGAUUCCCAGGGCUUGGGGACUUUGGCGCUGCAGGACGUGGUGGUCGGUCUCGACCGCGUGAUGAAGGCCGGCCUGAUGGAGUCUAUCGAGUGGUUCUUCAACCUGCACGAUAAGAAUAAGGAUGGCUACUUGACCAAGGAUGAAGUCAUCCAGCUCUCCGAGUCUUUACUUUUCAUCUUCCGUAACGAACCCGGAGAUAUCUACCUCGCGGCAGUAUCCAAGUUCAUCCUGAACGCGUACGAAUUUGGAGACGCCACUGCCCCGCCCGUCUCUGGGGAGACCGAGGUCUUGUCGCCCGCUAUCGACGGGCAGGAGGGGAGUGCCAGUCAUGUUCGGGAACGGUCAGACUCGGUCGCUCGGCCACAUAAUCUGCCUUAUCUUAACCUGGCGACUUUCCGGAUGGUCGUUCUUGCCGAUGAACUCCUGGAGAACUUCUUUGAUACAGAUCUGUCCGCGUCAUUCCAGCUUGACCGCGGGGCGGACGAGGAUUACCACCAGGCUCAGGCCAAGACGGAGGGAUUGUUGGGUGGUCUAAUGAACUUGGUGGUGACAGACACCAACAAAAACCGCUUCAACCGGCUCACCGAUACCUUUGGUGCUGCUCUCGGCAAACACGUCGAAUGGCGAAAACCCUCCCUCACUCGAUCGCGCCAGACCGAAGCCGCGCCCACCGAAAUUGGGCAACGCGAGUCCCUCCUCACUCCUGCCCAGCAACAACAGAUCGAACAGCGCCAGCGCUCCACAUCCUCCGUCUCGCAGACGUCUGUCACCAGUGCCAAAUCGACCCUUACGACCGAUGGCAAAUCCCUCGCAGAGGUCGAGUCGCGAUACAGGGAAGAGAGCGAGAUGGUCCGUCAAGCCCAAGAGGCGGUCAUGCACCGGCCAAAAUUCGCGGUGGAUGCGAUCGGGGACAGCGAUGAUGAGGAGGAAGAGGAGGGGAGGGAGGGGGACGGUGACGGAGAUGAUGCGGUGAUGGAUGAGGUGGAGGCUUUCUUGAAGGCGCAUGGGGCGGAUGAUGAGGGGCUCAAGGGAGAGCAGAAGAAGGUCGCGAAUGAUCUGUUGACUGCGGAACCGAUCAGAUAG